GCCAGCCUGCGGAGGGAGGGUGCAGCCGGCCAGCUCCCGCGGGGACUGGGAAGGAGAGCGAGAGAGGCUGAUUCCGAGACAAGACGAGACGCGAGCUGUCCGCGUGCGCUCCCCGGGGAAGCAGCUGGCGCGUGACCCUCGGAGGGAAGCGCUUGUCGGAGUUUGUGUGCAGCUGCAGCGGGGAGAAGAGCCUUGCUUGCUGCUCCGGGAGCCGUGUGUGUCUGCACAAGUGAUCCCCUGAUGGAAAAGCUGCUUUUGGAAAACAGAGGGCCUGAUCCUGCAGUCCUUGGAUUGGGCAAAAUACACAGAGUUAUGGGGAAGUCAAUGUUCUUCCUUCAUUUCAAAUGUGUAUUGUAAUACUGGCUGCUUUAAUCAUUGCACGAAUUAAACCAACCUCCCACAAACAUGGCGGACGAGGACCUUAUCUUUUGUAUGGAAGGUAUUGAUAAUGCCAGGUCAACUAAAGCAGUCUCUGGAAAUUAUCCUGAUGCUGAUAGUGAGGAUGAGGAUAGUUAUUACAUCUGCCCGAUAACAGAUGACCCAGUAUCUAACAAGGUUGCAAACAACAAAGUCGCCAACUAUUACAGCAACUUAGCAAAAGAUGAACAUUACAGAUCUAGCUCUUCUCCUAGAAACUCAUUCAAUUUUAAGGAAGCCUGGAAACAUGCCAUUCAGAAAGCUAAACACAUGCCUGAUCCCUGGGCAGAAUUUCAUCUUGAGGACAUUGAAACAGAAUAUGCCACACGUUAUAGGUACAACGCAGUUACUGGAGAGUGGGUCGAAGAUGAAGUUCUCAUCAAAAUGGCUUCACAACCCUUUGGCCGUGGAGCAAUGCGGGAGUGCUUCAGAACGAAAAAGUUGUCCAAUUUUUUACACACUCAGAACUGGAAAGGUGCAUUUAACUAUGUUGCCAAGCGAUACAUCGAGACUGUAGACAGGGAUGUAUACUUUGAGGAUGUCCGACUUCAAAUGGAAGCAAAACUUUGGGGAGAGGAGUAUAACCGGCACAAGCCACCAAAACAGGUUGACAUAGUGCAGACCAGCAUUAUUGAAAUGAAAAACAGACCUGGAAAGCCCCUCUUUCAUUUGGAACAUUACAUAGAGGGCAAAUACAUCAAAUACAACUCAAACUCUGGAUUCGUACGAGAUGACAACAUUCGCCUUACCCCACAAGCCUUUAGCCACUUCACAUUUGAGCGUUCAGGACACCAGCUCAUUAUUGUUGAUAUACAGGGAGUUGGCGAUCUUUAUACAGACCCUCAGAUCCACACAGAGAGUGGCACAGACUUUGGAGAUGGCAACCUAGGUGUACGGGGUAUGGCUUUGUUCUUUCAUUCUCAUGCCUGUAACAAGAUUUGCAAAAGUAUGGGACUUACACCUUUUGAUCUUUCACCUAAAGAGAAGCAUGUCUUGGAUCAUAGUAACAAACUGCUUGAAUCUGCUCAGACAAUUGUACGUGGCACAGAGGAAAAAUGUGGCAGUAGCCGGGUGAGAACGAUCUCCGGUAGUCGGCCUCCUCUGCUUUUCCGCCUGUCUGAAAAUUCUGGAGAUGAGAGCAUGAGUGAUGUGGCAUUUGACUCCUUACCCUCUUCUCCCUCCUCAGCAACACCACAUAAAAUGGACAUGCUUCACUGGCCUGUGUUCAGUGAAGUGGAUAACUUGGUUCACAAAGACCACGAUCAUCUUGAUAACCAAAGGGACUCUGAAAAUGGUGGAGACAGUGGGUGCCCCAGUGAAAAGAGAAGUGACCUGGAAGAUAUGGAUCAUCGAGAAAGGGGCCAUUCAAACUACAACCGAAGACGUGAAUCUGACGAAGACAGUUUGGGAAGUUCUGCAAGGGUCAGUGUGGAGAAGUGGAAUCUCUACAACUCUUCCAGAGUCCAUGUCCAUAGACCGUCCUGUGUUGCAGUGGAAGUUCAGAGACUCAAUGCACUGGAAUUUGAAAAGAAAAUUGGGAAAUCCAUCCUUGGGAAGGUCCAUCUGGCCAUGGUUCGCUACCACGAAGCUGGACGUUUCUGUGAGAAGGAUCAGGAGUGGGAUCAGGAAUCCGCUCUUUUUCACCUGGUGCAUGCUGCUGAUUGUGGAGAACUGGAAGCCAUCGUAGGGUUAGGACUCAUGUAUUCCCAGCUGCCACAUCACAUUCUUUCAGAGGUCACUUCAGAGGACACAGAGGAAAACCGAGGAAAAGGAUUUGAUUAUUUACUGAGAGCAGCAGAAGCUGGAGACCGGCCUUCCAUGAUUCUGGUAGCAAGAGCAUAUGACACAGGUGUAAAUCUUGGUUCAAACAGAAUCCAAGACUGGAAGGAAGCCCUGCACUGGUACAACGCUGCACUGAACAUGACCGAUUAUGAUGAAGGGGGUGAAUACGAUGGAACUCAGGACGAGCCCCGGUAUCUGCUCCUGGCAAGGGAAGCUGAGAUGUUAAUGACAGGAGGGUUCCACCUGGCCAAGGAUCCCCAAAGAUCGGGUGAGUUGUAUACAGAAGCAGCAGAAGCGGCAAUACAAGCCAUGAAGGGCAGAUUGGCAAAUCAAUACUACCAGAAAGCGGAAGAAGCUUGGGCAAUGAUGGAGGAAUGAAACUUCAAAUGAGGCAGCUCUUGUAUAUUAAAAAAAAAUUUUUAUAGACUGUUACUUUGCAAAAAAAAAAAAAGAAUGUAUUUUAUUGUGUCGUUACUGAUUUGUGUUUUU